CCGUAUCCAUACACAGCCCUACGCCCAGCUUUUCGCCAGAUUGGAUCACCAAUCUAUUGAUCGAUUAUCAACGGAAGACGAAGAAGAACACAGCUCGAUCAGCAGGUCCCCAGUCCACGAUGGGCGGGCCUCUAUCCAUGUUCGACGAAGCGGCCCAUGCCCGCAUCGCCAACCACAUGAAUAACCACCACAAGCGCGAGCUCUCCCAUUACUUGCGCCACUAUUCCGGCCUCUCCGCUCGCGCCGCCUCAUCCCCAGAACUCAUUGAAAUUUCUCUUACCGGCAUGACCAUCACCGCUGGCGGCUCCGGUGGCGCCAAGUUCCGCAUCCCCUUCGAGCCCCCGCUUUCUUCCCCCGCCGAGGUGCGCGGCCGCGUUGUCACCAUGGACACUGAAGCCCGGACUGCACUCGGCAUCCGCGACGUUUACGUGACGACCUAUACCCCACCACGAGGCUUCGACAUCGCGGUGUUCGGCGGCGUGGCGCUCUACUUCCUCUCAUAUGCCACGCUCCCUCACCUCCUGCCCGGAACGCCUUUUUGGUCUGCCCUUGCCGCCUUCUUCCCCGGUGGGCCCCGCGCGUUCCGCUGGCUUGUCACUGCCCUUUUCUGGCCUGUUCUGGGCAUUCACGUUUUCGAGGUUUGGUGGAUGCACCGCACGCGCCUCCUGCCUCAUGGGGUCGAUACGGGCUCCCGCCUGUGGUGGACGUGGGUCGGCAGCACCUUCUUCGAGGGCGUGUGUGCCUUUCGGAGGAUCGAUUCCAUCAUAGCCGACAAGACGAAGGAGAAGGAGGAAAAGGCUGCAGCAAGCCACUAGCCGACCUGUACUUACAUUCCGCCUUCAUGUCCUGCACACUCCACGGCCUUUUACAUCUUGUUGGUUAGAUGAAGCGGGCGUUCCAAGGGUUUCCCUCAUUUCUUUCCCCUCGCACGUUGGUCGGCUUUUUUAGGACGCUUUUUAUACCAUGCUACGAUAGCGUUGCGGUAGAGAUUCUAACGACGUGUUCUUGACGCAUUGUACCGGCCUUCAUGUUCCAGUCGAGUCUAUGCUUGCGGGACCGAUUUCUGCCGCGAGUUGGUUUAAGUCUCUGAUAAGCGUCUUAAGUUGGUGAGGUUUAUGCGCUCUCGACUUCCAAUAUUGUGUUGGUAUACGUUCUUGGGAGCUCUUCCAGUAGAACUCGACUUUUUCUGGCUACCUAUCUACAGGGC